AUGUCGAAUUUAGUGGAAAUGAUCUCAUGGAAUCUAAGGAGCAUUGUCGAAACGGACGACUUCCAAGUUGUGGUGUCUUCGUCAAAAAUCCUAUGCGAUAUUGUAGAUGAGUUCCUAGUUAGGAUUUCCGCAAACCGAAUGGGUGAUGAACAAUUUGCUUUGAAAUGUGACUUUGUACGCCAGAAAUUAGAAAUGCUCCUGGAUGACCUGAAGAACGAAGAAGCAACUGAAUAUGGCAGUGACAAUUUGCUUCAAUUAUUAAGCGGCAUCGUUAGACACGAGACUCCGAACGCAGUAGGCGAGUCAUCAGGGCCAUCAGGCGAAGAUAUUACAUUGGAAACGGUAGAAAGACAGGAAGCGAAUGCGAAUAUAUGCAGAAACAGCAGAAUUUUAUACUCUAAUGCACGAGAUGCACUGCAAAAUCGAGCCGACAGUGUAAAACGGGCAAUUUACGAUGUAAUAGAUUAUUCAGAACAGCCUCAACGUUACCAACACGAACUGUCCUUGACACUCUACGAAACUCUGAACAUUCCGAUUUCACCCUCCGACACGCCGCCCUGUUUAUCACGUUUUUCUAUUCCGCCACUUGAUAUUAUUUCAUCGUCGGCUUCAGCGGCUAGUUCUGCGCACAUAACCCCACUACCAAGGGUUGAGCCUACACCUUCAUGCUCUAAGAAACAGAAAUCCACUGGACCUACUAGGGUCAAAUCGAAAUCGAAAUCGAAACGGGAUGUAGACGUGUGUAUGGACAAGUUUGAAAGAAACCUUUGGGAGCAAAUGACUGCGAGAAUACAUGGCGAAGAAAUAAAGGAGUACAACUUACAUAAAUCGGAAAUAGUAAUUGCUAAACAGGAUAGGAAGAGCAAUGUUUUCACCAGAGAAACUAUGACUACCAUUGAUGAGGAGACAUGUGAGCAGUCGGCAUCUAACGAAGACUAUGCAGAAGCCAGCGGUUUUUCAUCUGCAGUGGGUAAUGAUAACAGUGUUUCAACGGAAGUGUUGCACAUACCAUCGGAAUCAUAUCAGCGCGUUGAUCUUGAUACCGUCCAGAACGUGAUAUUAGAUCUCCUCAUCCAAAUUGAUUCACUGUUAAGCAACAACUCUCACAACGCAGUGGCAGAAGGAAGCCUAAUGGACGACUUUGGCUCAGAACUUCGCCAACCAGACGAACUAGCGCAAGAAAAGAACCCCGAAAUCAAGAUUGGAAGCAAGGAAUUAUCUAAAGCGUGUGUAAGUAAGCCUUCUACAAUUGAUAGCUCUAGAGCCUGUAAUGAACAGUUAUGCGAAAACAAACACAUCGGUUUUUCCUGGAAGGAGGAAGGAUCAGAUGGAAUGAAACAAGCGGAGCCACCAAGGAAGAGACUUCCUGUUAUCAAACGUUCGAAAUUUAUAACCAAAACCGCCAUAAUCUCUAUCACCCAACAGGAAUUAAUCCAACAAAAGACUCCCAAAAUGAACAUUGGAAACAAAGAACUAUCUAAAGCGUGCCUAAGCACGCCGUCUAGCAUUGAUAGCUCCAGCGCCUAUAAUGGACAAUUAUGCGGUGACAAACAAAUCCAUUUUCCCUGGAAGGAGGAAGGAUCUAGUGAAACUAAACAAGCGAAACAGCAAAAGAGGAGACUUCCAAUUAUCAAACCUUUUGAGAGACUUCCUACAUCGCCAAGAUUAAUAUCAGUACGUCUUUUAGUCAAUACAGACACCAUAUGUUGUGCUAUAAAUCCUCUGGAUACAGACGAGGGAUUUAAAAAGAAAUGCGCCGUGAAUAAUUAUUUCGGAAUUGGCAUUGGUGCAAAAACAGUAUACCAUCGUAUUAAUGAAUUAAUCCAACAAAAGACCCCCAAAAUGAACAUUGGAAACAAAGAACUAUCUAAAGCGUGCCUAAGCACGCCGUCUAGCAUUGAUAGCUCCAGCACCUAUAAUGGACAAUUAUGCGGUGACAAACAAAUCCAUUUUCCCUGGAAGGAGGAAGGAUCUAGUGAAACUAAACAAGCGAAACAGCAAAAGAGGAGACUUCCAAUUAUCAAACCUUUUGAGAGACUUCCUACAUCGCCAAAUUUCCCAAUCAGAACAGGAUUAAUAUCAGUACGUCUUUUAGUUAAUACAGACACCAUAUAUUGUGCUAUAAAUCCUCUGGAUCCAGACGAGGGAUUUAGAAAGAAAUGCGCCAUGAAUAAUUAUUCCGGAAUUGGCAUUGGUGCAAAAACAGUAUAG